CUUCACUAAACACUCAAAGAGAGGAGAGAGAAGCAAGAUGAUGACAAAGCUGUCAGUGCUCUGAGAGGUGCAGACCGCUGAUAACAGGCUUUGCUGAUAAGCUGUUCACUACUGCUUGGGCAAAGAUUCACAAAUCAGUGAAGAGUGGGUGUUGUGCAGAAGGUUUCAAAAGAAGAAUUGGAACAUAUUGGAGCAUAUCGAGUCCACUCUUGGUGCUCGUGGAAGUUCAUCAUGGGGAUGCAAGGCCUCAUUUUGGGCUGCGCAAUUGUGGCCGUGGUCCUCCAGCCCUCUGCCGCCGGCCUGGUAAAGAAGGUUAUUCGUCAUCGCAGAGAGGCUCUCAUGCCUAAGAAGAACCACGCGAACCACACCCUGCCAAACCCUGACCAACCAGUUGUCUUCAACCACAUCUACAACAUCAACGUUCCCUCCACAUCCCUGUGUUCCGUAGACCUCGAGUCACCUGGCGGCACCGUGCCCAAUCACAAGAAUAGCCCACUGGACAUGCAGAAUACUGAGCACAUGGAGCACAUGGUGGAUGGUGACAAUCAGAUCGUCUUUACGCACCGCAUUAAUAUCCCCAAGCAGGCGUGUGGCUGCAACAACCAGCUACCUGAUAUAAAAGAAAUCCUAAACAGGCUUGAGAUGCUGGAGUCAGAACUUUCCAGUCUGAGAGAACAGUGUGGCAGUGGCGCAGGUUGUUGUGGAUCUCAAGUUACCGGAGAAGUCUCCACAAAGCCUUACUGCAAUGGCCAUGGGAACUGGAGCGCUGAAACCUGCAGCUGCCUAUGUGAACCAGGAUGGAAAGGCCCCAACUGCACAGAACCCGAAUGCCCCAAUGACUGCCAGGACCAGGGCCGCUGUGUGGAUGGGAAAUGUGAAUGCUUUGAAGGUUUCAGUGGUGAUGACUGCAGCACUGAGCUUUGCCUGCUGGAUUGCGGUGAUUACGGUCACUGUGUUGACGGGGCUUGCUUGUGCGAGGAGGGCUUCUUUGGUGAGGAUUGCUCCCAGACAAACUGCCUCAACAACUGUCUGGGUCGCGGACGUUGCGUUGAGGACGAGUGUGUCUGCGAUGAGCCGUGGACGGGCUAUGACUGCUCUGAGCUCAUCUGUCCAAACGACUGCUACGACCGUGGACGCUGCGACAAUGGCACUUGCUUCUGCGAGGACGGCUUCACCGGAGAAGACUGUGGCGAACUCACUUGUCCUGCCAACUGCAACAACCGUGGCAUGUGUGUGAACGGACUGUGUGUGUGUCACAGCGGCUACAGUGGAGAGGAUUGCUCAAAGCUCACCUGUCCCCAAAACUGCAAUGAGCGAGGCCAUUGCUUCAACGGCAAAUGCAUCUGUGACCCAGGAUUCGAGGGGGAUGAUUGCUCUGUUCUGUCUUGCCCUGAAAACUGCAGCAACAAAGGCCAGUGCAUAAACGGAGAAUGUCUGUGUGAUGAUGGAUACCAAGGCGAGGACUGCAGUGAGCUCUCCUGCCCCAACAACUGCCAAGAUCAUGGACGCUGUGUUACCGGCCAAUGCAUAUGUGAUAAAGGGUUCACCGGUGAGGACUGCAGCAUCAAGACCUGUCCUAAAGACUGCAUGGGACGUGGAGAGUGUGUGGAUGGCAAGUGUGUGUGCUUUGCUGGUUUCACCGGUAAAGGCUGUGGUGAACUGACCUGCCCCAAUGACUGUCUCGGCCGUGGCCACUGUGUGAACGGCCAGUGCGUUUGUCACAAGGGUUUCACUGGUCAGGACUGCAGUGAGAAGACGUGUCCUAAAAACUGUCUGGACAGAGGAUAUUGCGAUGACGGCAUCUGUGUAUGUUACAAAGGCUUCAGUGGGCUGGACUGCUCCAUCCUCACCUGCCCUGGGGACUGCCAGAACCAGGGGCGAUGUGAAGAUGGAGUUUGUGUCUGCAAUGAGGGUUUCAUUGGUGAAGACUGCUCUGCGGUUUCACCUCCAAAGGACCUAACUGUGCAAGAAGUCACACCUGAGACAGUGGAUCUGUCUUGGGAGAAUGAGAUGCGUGUGACAGAGUACCUCAUCACCUACAUUCCCACAGCCGACGGAGGCUUGGAACUGGAUGCGCGGGUCCCAGGGGACCAGAAGAAGGCCACGAUUAGAGAGCUCGAACCGGGCAUUGAGUACCUGAUCAGCGUCUAUGCCAUUCUCAACAACAAGAGGAGCAUUCCUGUUACCGCAAGGGUGGCAACACACCUUCCUGAGCCCGAGGGACUGAAGUUCAAGGCAGUGCGUGAGACAUCUGUGGAGGUACAGUGGGACCCCCUGGACUUCCCCUUUGAUGGCUGGAACCUCAUCUUCAGAAACACAAAAGAGGAAGAUGGUGAGAUUCUGAGCUCCCUUGGCCGACCAGACACCACCUUUGAGCAGUCUGGCUUGGGCCCUGGCCAGGAGUACGAAGUCAAACUGGAGGUAGUGAAGAACAAGAAGCGUGGGCCACCUGCUUCCAAGAAUGUUGUCACAAGAAUUGACGCCCCGAGCCAGGUGAGCACACGUGAUGUGACAGACACAACAGCACUGGUGACCUGGGUCCAUCCUGUAGCCAAUGUGGAUGGGAUCAGCAUAUCUUUUGGGCCUGGCUCGAGCCCCGCUGAUUACAGUGUGGUUGAGCUUCCCUCCACAGAGACCCAAUACCAUCUCGCAGGCCUCAUCCCAGAUACCCAGUAUGAGGUAUCUAUGACAGCUCGGAAGGGAGAGCGGUCCAGUGUCCCAGUCUAUGACUCAUUCCUCACAGACUUGGAUGCCCCCGGGGACCCUCAGAAGCUGGAACUGACUGAUGAAAGCAUCACCCUGGAGUGGAAAAACAGCAAAGCUCAGGUGGACAACUACCGCAUUAAGUACGGACCGCUGUCUGGAGGCGAACACAGAGAACUGCUCUUCCCUGCUGGACCCAAAGACACAACACAGGCCAAGAUAAUCGGUCUGAGACCGGGCACAGAGUAUGGAAUGGGAGUGACGGCAGUGAAAGGUGAACGGGAGAGUCUGCCCACCACCACCAAUGCUGUGACCGCCCUGGAUGCACCCAAGGACCUAACUGUUGCCGAGGUGACGGAAACAAUGAUGAUGUUGGAGUGGAGGCGCCCCCUGGCCAAACUGGACUCCUACCGACUUGUCCAUAUUUCCGCUGAUGGCCAAAGGGUAGAGGAAGUGGUUCCGGGAGGCUCUGAGUCUCACACCUUGCGAGGCCUGACACCAGGAAUGCUUUAUACCAUCAGCAUCACUGCUGAGAGGGGCCGCAGGACCAGUGCACCGUCUACCAUCUCAGCACCUACAGCGGAGAAGAAGCCCCUGGUCACUAAUGUCACCAUCAGCGAUGUGUCAUGGGACAGCUUCCUCCUUUCCUGGUCCGCAGAGGAGGGGGCCUUUGAAGCGUUUCUGAUCGAGGUUACCGAUGCAGAGACGGGCGCUGGGUGGCAAAAUCACACUGUGCCCGCCGAUGCUCGCAGCAUUGUCAUCUCAGGCCUCACACCCAGUACCUGGUACAGGGCCAAUCUGUACGGGGUGUACAAGGGCCUCUUCUUAGACCCUGUCUUUGCAGACACCAUCACAGAGACUGAACCACAGGUGCAGGCUAUCCUACUGUCUGACAUCACUCCUGAGAGCUUUAGGUUGGUCUGGACGGCAGAAGAGGAUGCCUUUGACACUUUUGUCAUAAUGGUGAGCCAGGCUGAGAGCCCAAACCAACCACAAGAGCUUGUGUUGAGCGGCGAAGAGAGAAGCACACAAGUGACAAACCUCAGCGAGGACACAGAGUACAAAAUUGAAAUCUUUGGACUAAUUUUGGGAAGGUGCUCCAAGUCUGUAAUCGAAGGGGUGAGAACAGAUCUGGGCCCACCCAAAGGCAUACGCUUCUCUGAUGUCACUGACUCAUCUGCUACUGUCCACUGGGCAGUUCCAAGAGCCCGAGUGGACAGCUAUAGGGUCACGUACGUGCCUGCUCAUGGAGGAAAUGCUAAGACCGUGACAGUGGAUGGAUCAAACUCACAGACCGUACUACCCAACCUGAUACCAGGCGUCACCUAUGCGGUUACUGUCAUUGCACUCAAGUCUCAAAGGGAGAGUGAGCCUGCAUCAGACAGUGUCACUACCGCUUUAGAUAAACCCCGUGGUCUGACUGCAGUCAAUAUCACAGACACCAAAGCGCUACUUCUCUGGCAGCCUGCGAUCGCUACAGUAGAUGGCUACGUUAUUUCCUACAGUGCAGACUCGGUGGCUCCAGUGAUGGAACGUGUGUCAGGAAAUGUGGUGGAGUUUGUGAUGACCACCUUGGUGCCAGCAACACGAUAUACCGUCAAGGUCUAUUCCAUUAGGGAUUUGGCCAAGAGCGCGGUCACAACAACCGAAUUUAUCACAGAUGUGGAUGCCCCUCAGGACCUGGGAGCGAGCAACAUCCAGACAGAAUCAGCCAUGUUGAGCUGGAGGCCCCCUCGUGCUGACAUUACUGGGUACAUCCUCAGUUUUGAGUCUGCUGAUGGCAUCAUCCGGGAGGUGGUUCUCAGUCCCACUGCAGUUUCCUACAACAUGGUUCAGCUCAGCGCCUCAACAGAAUACUCAGUUAGGCUGCAGGCCAUUGCUGGUCCGAAGAGAAGCAGAGUCAUUAGCACUGUCUUCACGACCUCUGGCGUGCUCUACAAAUAUCCAAGGGACUGUUCCCAGGCUUUGCUAAAUGGUGAAAUCACAUCUGGUCUUUAUACCAUCUAUCUGGGGGGAGAUGAGAGCCAACCCCUUCAAGUCAACUGCGACAUGACCACUGAUGGAGGCGGAUGGAUUAUUUUCCUCAGACGUCAAAGUGGCAGACUGGAGUUUUUCCGCAACUGGAAGAAUUACACAGCCGGCUUUGGAGACAUGAAUGAUGAAUUCUGGCUGGGUCUGUCCAACCUGCAUAAGAUUACAGCAGGCGGUCAGUAUGAGCUGCGUGUAGACCUCAGGGACAAAGGAGAAACAGCCUACGCUCAUUACGACAAGUUUUCUGUCUCCGAGCCAAGGACACGCUAUAAAGUGCAUGUUGGGGGAUACAGCGGAACGGCAGGUGAUUCAAUGACCUACCACCAUGGGCGUCCUUUCUCCACUUAUGACCAUGACAACGACAUCGCUGUUACCAACUGUGCUCUUUCAUACAAGGGCGCCUUCUGGUAUAAAAACUGCCACCGCGUCAACCUCAUGGGAAGAUACGGUGAUAACAGUCACAGUAAGGGUGUCAACUGGUUCCACUGGAAGGGCCACGAGCACUCCAUCGAGUUUGCAGAGAUGAAAAUUAGGCCAUCCAACUUCAGGAAUCUGGAGGGACGUAGGAAACGCUCAUAAGCGCAUCACCUCGACAACAACUGCAACAACAUUGCUACCGUUCCCCACAAAACACCUCAACCCAGACCUAAACCUAUCCCCGCCAUGCAACAACCAAAGCCACUGCCAAGGCCCGCGCUGCUUCCAUGCAGAUCAACACCAACUUACUGUUCUCUUACAGGCUGCCUAUACCGCCCUUGCUGCCUGUGCCAAAACGUAUAUGCAUGUUGCAAACUGGACUUAAUUGAAGCCCGAACACAUUCUGAGUUACACACCAAAGAGAACAGAACAAUUGCGCAAGACCCGAUGAUCCAAAUCUCUUGUGUUUGCAGCAUUCGUCGCAAGGCAUGUGUGCAGCUUAGGCAUUUUGUUAUGUACAGUCGUGAAUUGACCCAUGUCACUAGCCAAGCCAUGUUAACUUUGUGCAUUUCACAGUUGGAAAUAAGGUCUUACGGCGGGCAAAGCACAUCAAUGAUUACAACAUUGGAAUAGAGAUAGCACAAGUCCAAUCGAAGAUACUACCCCCGUGUCCCACACCUGACAUCCCCCCGCCCCGCCCCCUUGAAACCCUCCACGUAAAUUGCCAUUUGUUGGUCUUUGUGUGACUAAACUUUGUUGUCUCUGUGCCACUUUAUCCUCCUCUGGUUUCCUCACACCCCUCUACACAUGCUAAUCAAUGAUAGGAUAGGUGUUGAUACGAAAAGAGAAAAACAGAUUGGGUACAAUGCUUUCCACUCAUUUUGAGAGCCCCCCCCUCCCCCCGAGUAUUGUAUAAUACCCACUGCACUGUGCAUUAAAGGGGCCAUAUUACGCAUUUUUCACCAUUCCAAAAAGUUCCCAGGCGACUUGAUAAAACAUCCUUGGUAUUCCUUGAUCAUAAUACAUUCACAGAAUUGCAGAGACUCACGUAAUAUCUAUAACGUUCAAUUUCAUUGGUUCGGUGUCAUGCAAUUGAGCCACUGGCCAUGGAACCCUUAUUCAACAGAACUAAUAGGCUUCAAGUGCCAUGACAACUUGGGGCGGAGCUUUAGGCUGUGUUCAUGGGGGAGGCAGCUUGUGCCUCUCCCAUGAAGAGUUAAUACAAAGGAUUAAAGGGUUAAUACCAAGCCACACAUUUGUUUUUUACAAUUUUCAGCUAGUGAUUGUGGCGCAUGCAUUUGGCCAGACACGAAGACCCCCUUUGGUUGUUCCGAAAACUGGGACUCCUCACUACUUGCCGCCAAGUCAUGGUUGGAGAAACGCGUUAUGGAGGUUCUGUUAGUCUCACGGUUGGUCAAGGUGAUGCAAAAUUCAGAAUGGUUCGCUCAGAGACAAAUUUUCAGAAAUGAGCAUCUCAAAAAAUUGGCGUGCUUAUGCCAUAUCACACUUGGUGAGUGGUUAAGCACUCUCUGACUCAACUAUUUGGAUACAAGCAUUUGCAUGUUUUCAUAUGUCCCCUUUAAGACACUCAUUUAUAUUCAUGUGUUUGAUGAAACCAAGGCAGGACCUAUUAUUGAGUAUAUUUUUUUUCAUACUUGGAAUAAUGCGAAUACAAUAGAUAUAUGUCGCAAAAAGAUUUGUCGUGUUGUGACACAAGAGUUUGAUGCUCCAAAUGUAAAAAGCUCAUGAAGUAUGUCGUUGAACAUGUUUGGAUGAGCUAACUAGAAAACUGGUAAAUGUUUCCAAGCCCCCGUUUCCCGUCGUGGCAGGAUACCGAACCACUGACCAUCAAAAGAAUGCUUGUGUAAGUUGAUUUUGUUCUUAUUGAUUUGUUUGUUUAUAACUGGGUGAACAACAGGUGUUUCUCUGUAAACUGUAUUACAAUAAAACUUUGUCUUAAAUGA